AUGUACCGCGUGCCUGACUCUUGCGCCGAUGGAACGCGCAGUUCUCGUCACACCUCGGCGCGGCAUGUUGAGGUAUCGAUAUUAACGACCGGCAAUUCCCACCCUCAUUGUCUCCGGAAAAGUCACAACGAACAUGCGGUUUUCACGCAUACCCGUAAUGGAUCUGUCGUCUGCGCAGAAGGUGAAUACCAAGCACUAGGAUCACUCAAAGAAAGUGCAAUUAAACCAGGCGUUCCAACACCCACUGGCAGUGAAGGAGUUGAUCCCGAAGCACCCAUCCUGCGGCCUCAGGGUGAUCCGGAGUUUACCGCUCUACACGUCUCUCCGGACAGUCAGUUGACCCAAGCGGGCCACCAAGAGCCGCUGGUGGAGAUCUACGCACCGUCAUCAACCGCUGACCUGCUUUGGCACUGCGAAAAGCGAGUCUUCGGCAACCUUGCAGCAUUCACCGUGCUUUGGAACUUCUUCCCCGAGCUUUUUUGUCCAGAAUCAUCCGUCUUCCUCUCGCCUGGUUUCUUCCUCUCUAACCUCCCUAGUAUAUCUUGCUAUCUUUAUGAUCGCUUCCACAAUGAUCGUUCAUUACAGGCGUGGCGUUGA